CUUCAUAAUUGAUACUCCAAUUUUGUAAUCCUUUAUGCUCCCCCUUUCCUUCCUCGAAGGAAAAUUGCCUUCAGAAAUCAUUCGAGAGAGGAAAAAGAAUUCACAGAAGCCACAGCGAAUCGAAAUCUAGAUGAAGAUGAGCAGUACGCAAGGUCCACAUUCUCUGGCCUUUAGGGUCAUGAGACUAUGUCGACCUUCUCUUCACAUCGAAACUCCGCUCCGUUUCGACCCUACAGAUCUUUUGUUCGGCGAAGACCUGUUCGAUGAUCCUGUCGCCGCUGAGCAUCUCCCUCGUCUCCUAGCCGAUACCGUCUCCUCCGCCGCCGCCACCACCGCCGGCAAUACUUCAGUUGAUCCCUCGGAUCUGUCUUACCGGAAUAGAUUCCUUCUUCAGCAUCCUUCUGAUUCGCUUGGACUCCCUGGCCUCCUACUUCUCCCUCAGUCCUU